CGAAAACAUGUAUCCAAACUGUCACCUCAAAAAAGUUGUUUACAAUGUUGAGUCGAACGGUGUAUGCAAAUGCUAUUAAAAGAGUUAUGAAGACUGGAGGUUUGUGCACAUUCACCACUAUGAGGCAUGUAUGUAGAUAUGUACCUCAGGUUCUUAACAAUAUGAACACAGUAAAACGUCUUCAUUGCUCAGCUACAUACUGUGUCCAUACCUCUACCAUUCUGAAGGAAAAGGCCUCUGAACUAAAACCAUCGGAUCUAGAGCAAGAGAAACAGAAUGAAAAAAAUGGUCAAUUUGAUGACAUUCUGGACAAAGCAGUGCAAGAGGCACCAAAAAACUUAGUAUUGGAUUGGGAUUUAUAUGACCAUGACAACAAAGCUAUGGUGUCAAAUCAUGGGGAGGUAACUCCAGCAAAAGUCAGAAGUGAGAUUGAGAGAUGGACAGCUCACCAACAUAAAACCAUGCUGCAGAAAGUUGUCGAUGGUAACUACUUGGAUAAGUAUGGGUCAAUAGAGGAGGCUCAUCGUUCACCAGAGUAUGUACUCCAGAAAAAUGAGGAACUGGAAGAGACUGAGAAAGCAAAAUCAUUAACAAAUCAAAGAAAAAUGAGACUUCUAGCAUUAAGACAGGCUAUUAUAAUGGCUGAUAAGGAAGUGAUAGGUAGCUCGCAAAAUCAACAAAUUGUUCCUACUUCAGAGAGUGAAGGCCAAGAAUGCCUGGAAUUAGAAACCACAGAUAAGGGUUUGAAAUUGUCAGAAAUGCCAAUCAAAGUUGCAGUACCAGUGUUACCAAAUUUCUUGGCCAUAUAUGCUGAGAACAAACUUUUACAACAAUUGGUGGAGCUAGGAGUUGACCUGUCAGCUGUUCAGAAGGCUGGGCUUGCAAACCAUGUGUUGAACCUAGACUGGAGGAAACAGAUAAAGCCCCUGGUAAUAAACCUACUGAACCGGGGUCUGAGCAUUGAGCAAGUUGGGCCAGUCAUCACCCAGUGUCCUCAUCUUCUUACUGAGAAUCUGCAAAAUAUCAAUGUGAGGUUGGACUACUUUUUGUCCAAACGCUUCCCUAGGAAAGUGUUGACUGCCAUGAUGCUCAAGGACUCGACCUUCCUUGCCAUGCCAGUGGAGAAAAUUGAUUCCAUUCUCGGCUUUUACCAGAAAUUGCUGAACCUAACUGGGCAGGAAAUUCGAGAAGUUGGAGAAAACUGGGCACUCAUGUUUCCAGCAACUACGUUUUACGUGCAGAAAGCUGUGAUCAGUCUGCGAAAUGAGCUGGAGUUCUCUGAAGAAGAGGUGAAGCUGAUGUUCAUAAAACACCCAGAACUGCUACUGGCACGUCGUCGCGUUGUGGUCACAAACUGUGAUUACAUUCAGGAGGUGAUGGGCAUCCCCCACAGAAUGGUUGUACAGUUUCCCCAGGCACUGACUGGCCCGCACCACAUAAUGUCUUCCCGUCAUCGUUUCCUGCAGCUACACGGAGCGGCCCAGUAUGACAGUUGUCUUCCUGGCUAUGUGUCCCUCAACGAUCUUGUAGAAAAGAACGAUGACUUAUGGUGUUCUAGUGUAGCUAAGGCUAGUUUGGAAGAAUAUGAUGCAUUCCUCAAAAUGAUAUAAAACAAAAUGAUUCUUAUAUCAUUUGAAUAAGAAGAUAAGCAGCAGGGAUUAUAUUUAGUGUGCAAGGUUGCACAUAUAGUGUGUCAUUGAUGCCACAUUUCAUCAUGUCAUCACUGCAGCUUUUCUGGGGGAUUUUGUAUGUAGAUAUUGCACUUAAAAGUUGUGAUAAUUUUGUUGUGUUCAAAAUUGAGGUGGAAAUGAACAGAAUUUGUGUCAGCAUUACAUCUGUAUAAUUUCUGUUGCUUUUUAACACUUAUUAAAUCCUUCUUGAAAUACUGACCGCAUGGAUGGUGACCUUUGAAAUGGCAUUUGUUUCAAGGCUAUGAGUCAAACACUGACACAGACCUCUGUGAACCUUUGCUGAUCACAUGAAAGGUGACCUGUAGAAUGUUAUUUGUUUAAUAGUGUUGAGUGAAACACACAGAGACGCCUUAGAAUGUCUAUAUUUUAGAGUGAUUUUAAUAAACAUUAUAUGAGGUUUUAAUAGAGUUUAGCAAUUUUAGUGCCGUUAGUAUGUAGUUAUAUUGCUAUUUUUCUUCUGGCAUACCAAUACCACUGGUAAAUAAGACAGCAUAUUAUAACAUCUUAUAUUUACACCAAUGAUGUGAGGUUCAAGCUUGUUGCGCGUUUUCUCAUAUAUCAUACAAAUGUGCAGUUAUUCAAUGUUGAAAAUGUAAUAUGAGCAUGCUCCUGUAAUAAUGUAUGUUACUUUUAUGCUUUUCGUUGAUAUGUCAUAUUUUCACUGCAGUGAACAUACCCGUUAUCUAUUUUAUGUUUUCAUUGCUCUAACAGAUUUUGGUUCCCAUACUGCUUUACUCAAGAUUUGUAGCGUUCACUGUGCUGGGUUAAGAUUUCACGAAAUUAUGUUUAUCACGCGAUUUAUCACGCGAAUUUCCAAUUAAUGCAAUUUAGAUUGAAACAAACAGAACAACUCCUCCAUGUAUUUAUUUUCUAAACAUUAAGCUUAACUAAUUUCAUUCACUUUGUUUGGACUGUUUUGGGAGAAAACUGUUAACUGUUAUUUAGUUUCAUAUUAGUCUAAACAGAUGCUACAAUUUAAUUUUGAUAUACUUGUUCGUGAAGUGCAUUCAAGUUUUUAUCAAAACUGUAACAACAUUUAUGGCAAUUGGAACUUUUUUUGAAGCACACAUUUGUGGAUAAUAAAGUAUUCAUUGAAUGAAGCUGUCAGAAAUGGGACACAACUACCAUGUACAUGUUGAAGUUUAUAAACGGCAAAAACACAUUUUAAAAUUUACAAUUUGUGCACACAAACUAGGUUAAACCCCUAGUAAAUUUACAUUUUACCUGAGAGUAGGAUUAACUUUGUUAUUGGUUCCAGAUUUUACUAACCGUUCAAAAGCGGUAACUUUACAAUUCUUGAUAAACACCCCUAUGUUUUUAUAUAUUUUAUACGUAGUGUGUUGUUUGUGGAGUUUUGUGCUGUUGUUCCAUGCUUCUGGUUUGUGAUUGUUUGAUUUUGUGUUCUAUGUCAGACAUUGUCUUUGGCGUUGACCAUGUGCCAUUAAACGGGGUUUAUGUUUGAACUUUCGACUACUGUACUUGAUUCUGUUGUUUUUUUAUAUAAAUAUUGCUAUGGACGCCUAUUUACUAUAAACAAGAUAAACAAUCAACCAAAUUAAACCUUCUUGAACUUGUGGUUAGUGCACUCGCGUCUCACCAAGGCAUU